UAUUUGAUCACUAAUUUGCUAGCAGGACCAGUUUGUAGGGAGCUUAAGGUGACAAUGGAAAGCCAGGACAGAGAUGAAAUUCAUAAUUGUGUGAUCAAGCUGAGAGUUAAUCCUCAAAAGCGAAGGGAGAAGGUUUAUAUUGGCUGUGGAGCUGGGUUUGGAGGUGACAGGCCAAUGGCUGCUCUUAAGUUGCUUCAGAGAGUUAAAGAGCUAAACUAUCUAGUACUGGAAUGCCUAGCGGAGCGUACUCUUGCUGAACGGUAUCAGUUUAUGGUGUCUGGUGGCGAUGGUUAUGAUUCUUGGAUUUCGCAUUGGAUGCGUUUGCUUUUACCUUUGGCUAUGGAGAGACGAACUUGCUUAAUUACGAACAUGGGUGCAAUGGAUCCUUGUGGUGCCCAAGAAAAGGUUAGGGAAAUAGCUAGCAGCCUGGGGCUUAGUGUCUCUAUUGCCGUGGCUCAUGAGACUUUUGUCACAGAAUCAGGAUCACCAUCCUCACUCGAGAAAUCAUAUUUAAUGGGAGGCGUAAGAUUCUUGUCUUGCAUGUUCUCUUCAUUAGUAUUUGAUGUUCAAAUAAAAAAAAAAAAAACUUGUAUACUCCUUUUUAUUUUUUUAUUUUUCAAACUUCUGUUGUUACAUGUUAGCCACAUACAGUGUAGUCAAAGGCCAUCUAGGCACUCGCCUAGACUCUUGCCUUCUAGGCAACCACCUGAGCACCUUAAACAGACUGUAAGGCAUUUGAGGCAAGAGUCUCAAUGAAAUUCAGCAAAAAGGAAAAAAGAAAAAAGAAAAAGAGAGGCAGUUUUGUAAUUUGGCAAAAAAGGAUAGUUAUAUACUUCAAUUCAAGUUAGUGGGUGUGUCUUUCUCUUGCAUUCUUCUUUCUCACCUCUCUUUC